GCGCAAGAGACCCGUGGAGCAUCAACGGCGCAAAACCAGACUUCAUUCACCGCGCAACCGCCAACGUGUGCUGAAGGCCGCUCCCAAGACUCUCCACCAGGAAGUUCCACCCCGUAGUGAUUCCGCGAAAUCGUCGAGCCCCCGUGAACAGUUUGUGGAAAUUGCGCACGGACCCCCAACUGCGUGGACUCCGUAGAAGAAACAGUUGGUGAUCGCGAACCCCCGAAGAAAGAGAUUAAUCAGGCUCCCCCGGAUUUGGCCAAUUGAUUUGUGUGUUGUUUCCUCUGUACGAGGCAGAACCCUACCGACCGAAAUUAACGUAAUUGGCCAGACCCCCGGUUGUGGUGGGAUAGCAAGAUCUGUGGAACAUUCGGCGAAGAAGACCUUUGAGUUGGUAGUGCGAUCUUAGAGUAACCCCAGAAAAAAAAACCCAAAUAAAAUGUUCAAAGUGCGAAGAUCCGCCGCCGUGGCGCUGUUCCUCGUCCUGGUGAUGGUGAUGGCCACCGCGACGGAUGCCCGCCGGCGGAGGUACCCGUCCGGUAGCCGCAGGAAACCGUUGACCUCGCACAAAACCCUGAAGCAGCUGGAGUACGAGGCCCGUGAGACAAACACCCCGAACUUUGUCCGGCUGGUGUUGAUGCGGUUGGUUUACGGGCUGGCGACCCAGAUGGGCAUCGAAGACCGGUUGGACACGGCGUUCGGGGGAGCGUUUGUGCCGCCGAACGCGGUCGAGGAGGCCGACGACUAUCUGGACAUCUUCAGCGACGAGGGUGGCGAUGGGGAUUACGGGCUGUAAGGUGGUGGUGUUGCAGGAGACCGGAAGAACCCCGCGAGGAAGUGCUGCACGUUACGAGCAGAUUUGAACGUGUGACGCAGAGAGAACCUUGUUAGAAAGCAGCGUAAUUCCCCACCCAAAUUCCGGCCACUUUGAAACAACGAAAUUAACAAGAAAAGUGCAGGUGCAAUGCAAAUUGUGCAGAACCGCGCGAGCGCUCUCGAAACGAGGUCAGUAACUGAUGAGGUGUGGAAGCGCGCUCCACCACAAACAGGAACAACGAAUGUAUUUUUUUUAAAUACAUACACACAAUUAUAUUUAAGAAUGAAAGUGCAACAAGUGAAAUGUGAGGAGAAGAAGAAGGAAAAUCAGACAAAACUGGUACGAGUUAAUUGUUAAGGCUGUAUGUUAAGAGAGUUAGGGUCGUACAUUUUACCAGAAAACAGUUGUUUUUGUUGAGCGAAAGCAAAAACAUUUUUAAAACAUGUGUUACAUGAAGUCUAUACAACUUUGCAAACGUCAACACGAAUAAACACAAGUAGAGUUAACGAGUUUGUAGAGAAUGAUGCCUUUGGGUGAAGUUAAAAACCUUUCAAAAGGUCAAUAACCUUUCCAACUUAUGAUAUAUUUUUCAAAAUCCCAACCUAUUUUGCUACGUUCACUUGUGCCCAAUUUUAGUUCAAGCCUGCAGUCAUCGACUCGAUUUUUUGCUUUCUUUGUCCGGUUUCAUUUUGAGCGGUAAUUUGGAAAUCACCAUCAUUGUGUGCUAGAAACAUAUCAAACAAAAGUGAGGAAAAGCUCGAUCUCGAAAAACAGGAACAUGCAUGAAAGAUGAAAACAGGAACGAACCCACCUCGUGCAAGAAAAAGUAGUCAAACGGGUCGGUAAUGGAUGGAAUUUCCUUUUGCAGAAGCGCAAAUUUGGCACAUCGUUUCCAGUUAAAACAGGGGAAGGAAAAAGAUUACAAACUUCAACAAUUGAUAAAGCUAAUAAAUCACAACUCCAAACAUUGCCAAAACUAACUCAAGUAAGUGAAGAAGAUGAUAAAUGAUAAACAGCCAAAGUUAACGACUUUAUCAAGAUCAAGAAGCACGGAGGGAAAUCGAACAACCAAAAUGAUAGGUUUCUGAAUACUUAUGAAUGGAAAUAUUUAGCAAUUUUCAACAAACGAAUCGAACUCAAGUUGUGUAAUUAAGGCAAAGAAACAAGCAUAAAACACCCAAUCGAGCAGUUGUUGCCCCUUUCUCAAAACACCUCUCUCUCUCUCUUCAACCGGGCUCCAUUUCGAUUACGAUUAGGUGUUAAUUGAAAACACUUGAUCAUUUGCACAACGCCAAGCAGGAGAUGAUGGGUCGGCAACAGAUGCUCUGACGGUCGUUCACAGCGCAACGAGGUGAGGAGGUUUACGAGACCGGAAAUGUUAUCAAAUUUGAAUGCGUUUUGAAAUCAUUUAUAUCACACUUAUGAGUUAAUGUUGCGUAGAAA